AUUUCUUCCUUCUAAUCAAUCUUUGGAGUCCUCAUUAAUUUGUUCACAGAGGUACUUCCAAGAACCUGAUAAAUGUUCUUCCGUCAAGAGUCCUGUAAAAUGAGGAACAAUGAGUACUUAGAAUCCACGAUCAACGAAGUCGUGACGAGCAAAUCUAACAAGACGAGGCCUCAAAAAACCGCCCCAUCUAGAUUAGUAGCAUGCCUGACAUUUCUCCAGUUCGCCUUCGCAAUCUACGCGACGUUCCUCCUAUACUACAUGAGCCCCUCUGUCGAUCUUCGAACAAAGCCAGACUUUACUUGGGCCACCAAACUCGCUCGAUCCUGGAAAAAGUUCGUUAUACAGCCUCAAGUUGUGUCACAUAUUCGAGAAAGUGAUGCCUGUGAAUAUGAAACCAUCGAUUUUUCACAGAAGAAAUCGAAUGAUGUACUGAUGAUAAAACUCAAGCGAGAGCUCUACAACGAAGUUUUAGAUUUUCAGAAGAGGACUUCGGGAUCUGAAAAUUUAGCCGAGCUCAUGAGAAUGAAGUCUAAAUGGAGUGUUAAUGGGCCAAAUAUACCGAAAAUUACGGUAAUAUUGAAUCAUUUCAAGAGGAAAACACUAUGUGCUCAGCUCAAUUCUCUACUGAAUCAAACAUUGCCAUUUCAUCAAAUCUGGGUGCUCUCAUUUGGGAGCCCAAAUGAAAUUUCUUUCAAGAGGAUUGUCGAUAGUUACAACGAUUCAAGAAUCAGCUUCAUAAGCUCAAGCUACGAUUUCAAGUACUAUGGAAGGUUUCAGAUGGCUCUGCAGACUGAAUCAGACUUUGUUUAUAUUCUUGACGAUGAUAUGAUCCCUGGAGCGAAAUUGUUACAGAUAUUGUCACAUGUAGCAGGGACCGAGAAAUACAAGAAUUCUGUUCUCGGGAGCAUCGGGAGAAUUUUGCCAUUUCGACAGAAGGAUUUUAAAUUUCCGAGUUAUAGAAAGUUCAGAUCGAAAGAGGCGGGCCUUUAUUUACCUGAUCCUGCGUAUGAUAUAACCGUCGACAGAAUCGUGCAAGUUGAUUUCUUGUCAAGUUCUUGGUUUCUAUCGUCUGAUCUUACUAAAACCCUAUUUGUAGAGACUCCAUUUACUUUCAUUACUGGUGAAGAUCUUCAUCUGAGAUUAUCAGCUACAAAAUAUCGAAAUGCAGGCUCAUUCGUUUUGCCUGUCAAUCCGAACGAUAAGGAAACUUGGGGCGACAGCGAGCAUAGAUUAGCUUACGUAUCUGAAACAACGGUUAUCUUCAAAGAUAUCGUUCAAGUUCGCGAUGAGCAAUGGUGGAGAGCGCUUUCAUCAGGUUACGUCACUCAAUGGGCCAAAAUGUACCCUCAGAAGAUUGACGCUCUCUUAUAUGCUCACACUCUCUCAGAAGUUCGAGCUCUCGCUCCCCUUCUUAUGAAAUUUCGCUCAAUUGCUCAUCGAAAGGCCUAUAUCGUUGUCUCUGGUGAUAAAUUUUGUGCCUGUGAAGAUGCUGCAGUUGUUCUCAAUUGGCCUAAAUCGGUUUGUAAAGAGAGACUGUUCAAGAUUUUCGAUUUGGGGAUUGGAGCGAUAUCUGGAGCGUCAAAGUCUGAGGUUUCGAUACUACAAGCAGUGUAUUCGAGCAUGAAGGGCCUCGUCAGGAUUUACAACCCGAGUCUAGUGAUCACAGUCGCCGAUAUUGAUCAAAAUGUCAAGAGCGCGCUAACUAUGGCUACUGAGAGCAGCAUGAACAGCUCUGUGCUUGUUCCGUUGCCGAGAAAUUCAAUUGGCAAAGUUCUCUGGAUGGCCGAUCUCAGACCAUCGGCGUUACCAAACUGGAACAAGAUGAAGAUAUCUGUAAACAUCAUCACGCAGAAUCGCGCAACAUCGCUGCAGAGACUCCUGAAAUCUCUGCAGAACGCGUACUAUCUCGGCGACGAGGUCUCUUUGAGUUUCAACAUGGACAGCGGAGUCGACGAUGUGACACUGAAAACCAUCGACUCGUUCAAUUGGCCGCAUGGCCCCACAACCGUCCGUCGACGGAUAGUCCAGGGCGGCCUGAUACGCGCGGUGAGCGAGAGCUGGUACCCGUCAUCUGACGACGACUUCGGCCUCCUCCUUGAGGACGACAUCGAAGUCUCCCCCUAUUACUACCUCUGGAUCAAAUACGCCCUCCUCGCGUACCGCUACGACCCCCAAGUCUCCAUCCCAGAGCUCUCCUCGAUCUCUCUCUACACUCCUCGCCUCAUCGAAGUCGCCAAAGAGCGACCUAAGUGGAACGCCACGCAGUUCUUCGAGGCGAUCCACCCCAACACGCCAUACCUCCACCAGCUGCCGUGCAGCUGGGGCGCCCUGUUCUUCCCCAAACACUGGCGCGAGUUCUACGCGUACAUGAACGCGCGAUACACUGAAGACCCGAAAUCCAACCCUGUCCAGGUCCCGAGGUCCCGAACCAACGGCUGGCAAGCAUCAUGGAAGAAGUUCCUCAUCGACAUGAUGUACCUCCGGGGGUACGUCAGCCUGUAUCCCAACUUUCCGAACCAGACGAGUUUCUCGACGAACCAUAUGGAGCCAGGAGCGCAUAUAUCCGCGAAAGAGAAUGCGGUGAAGCAUGAUAAGAGGGACUACGAGGUUCCGUUGGUGGGCGAGGAGUUUACGGCGAUGCUGCCGGCGGGGAGAAUGCCUGCGGCGGGGAGGUUGCCGGUGUUGGAUUUGUUUAGGACUGGAUUGCCCAGGGGCUGUUCUAGAUUUUGA